AAGGAAACAUGGUCAACCUGAAUCCAAGUCAAGUUCUAACAGAUGCUCGGCGUGUUGGGUGUAUAAGAGUUGUGGUUCAUGUUGGUGAUGCAAUAGAUGGGUCAGAUAACCAUUGGUCAAUAUAUCUCCUCCUUCAGACCGGUGGAUCAGUACGUGUAAAUAUGGUGACAGAAUAUGGAGAAAUAGAUGGGCGUCUUGAAUGGUCAGAUCUCGCAUAUCUUUUGACAACUUCGGCGAUACAACACUGGGACUUUCCGGUUACUAUGGCUAUCGAGGUUCGACAUGUCGCUGACACAAUUUACCGAAAUUCCCGUCAUCGGUAUCAGUUCUCUGGUGGAGGAUCUGGCUGUCGUUUCUGGGUUCACACAAUCAUGUAUGACAUUGAGGGCCGUCAAUAUAUCGCCGCGGGAACAUCAAACAAUUUGUGGCAACACCUACAAUACCUCUAUCGCCGGGACAAGGAUCCCCUGCAAAUUAAUUGGGUCCAGGGGACAUUUAAAUAGUCUUUAUCAAUGUUGUUCUUGUCUUAAAUGUAC